UAUGUUUCUCUUCUCCGCCCGUCACCGCAGGAACUCUGGACGUUCUCUCUUUGGUGUGCCCGCAUGCCACGGACUGUGUGCGACGCAUUUGCAGCCAUGUCUCAUUGUAAAACAGGUUGAUUUGGUUUGAGGACACAGCGCUUUCUCCCUGCAUAAUCGCAGCAGGUAAUGACAUCUGGAUUCCUGAAGAGUACCUAUUGCUUGUUGAUGGCCAUGUUGUGGCAGCAGCAAAGACGUUCAAGCAAGCAUUCUUCAUGCUGUUUCCAGCUUACUUCUGCUUCCACAUUUCUUAUGCAGAGAAGGCGUCAUGCACACUUGAAUUCAUACAAAGGGAAUUUUUUGGCAUAAACCCAGACCGUGGAAGGAAGGGCAAAAAAGGAAAUGUGGCGGUCAGCAAGAAAGUUCUUGCUUUGGUGCAACGCAUUACUGAGUGUGAAUGGAACAUCCAGCAUGAACUAGUUGACCACACGCAGGGAUACUUUUUCAUCUGCCAAGCAGCCCAGAACCUUGCAAUGCGAACUACAGAAAUGGUUCCCCUCCACCAAGUCAUCUACACAAGAAAUUAUUCUAAAGCUACAUAAAGUG